AUGAUUGCAGAUAUGCAGGCUCUUGAAAGCAGUCAUACUUGGGAGCUCGUGCCACUCCCAUCACGAAAAAAGGUUGUUGGUUGUCGAUGGGUGUAUGCAAUUAAAGUUGGCUUUGAUGAUCAUGUUGAUCGCCUCAAAGCCCGAUUAUCGCUUCAUCAAUUGGAUAUCAAAAAUGCCUUCCUUCAUGGUGAUCUUGAGGAUGAAGUUUACAUGGAGCAACCUCCUGGGUUAGUUGCUCAGAGGGAGUCUGGAAAUGAUACUGCUAGAAUAUCUCAACUCAAGGAGCACUUGUGUAGAAAUUUUCAAACGAAGGAUCUCGGAAGCCUCAAAUAUUUCUUGGGCAUUGAAGUAGCUCAGUCAAAAGAUGGAGUUGUAAUCUCUCAAAGGAAAUAUGCUCUUUAUAUAUUACAAGAAAUAGACAUGAUUAACUACAGACCAAUAGAUAGUCCUAUGAACCCAAAUCAAAAGUUAACAACAGAAGAAGGCAAAUUAUUCUCCAAUCUAGAGAGAUAUAGGAGGCUUGUUGGAAAGUUAAUUUAUCUCACUAUUACGAGGCUUGGUCUGUCUUUUGCAGUUGGAGUUGUUAGUCAGUUUAUGCAGACUCCAUGUCUUGGACAUUGGAAUGCCAUCAUUCGUAUUUUAAGGUACCUCAAGAAGGCUCCAGAAGAAGGUUUGCUAUAUGAAGAUAAAGGAAAUUUUCAAAUCUUUGGGUACUAUGAUGCUGAUUGGGCAGGCUCCCCUAUUGAUAGACGCUCUACUACGGGAUAUUGUGUCUUCCUUGGAGGAAAUGUUAUCUAUUGGAAAAGUAAGAAGCAAAAUGUGGUGGCCCAAUCCACCACUGAAGCUGAAUAUCGGGCAAUGGCGUCUCUCAUGUGUGAACUCAUAUGGGUAAAGCAAUUUCUUCAAGAGCUUAACUUAUGUGAAAUUCAGACCAUGAAAAUGUACUGUGAUAACCAGGCUGCUCUCCACAUUGCAUCAAAUCUAGUGUUUCAUGAGAGAACUAAACACAUAGAAAUUGACUGCCACUUUGUUCAAGAAAAAUUGAUGACAAAGGAAAUUUGUACUAAGUUUGUUAGGUCAAAUGACCAACUUGCAUAUUUGUUGAUCAAGUCAUUAAGGGGACCUCAGAUUGAGUUCAUUUGUUCCAAGCUUGGUUCAUACAAUUUAUAUGUUUCAGCUUGA